AUGAUUUCGCCGAUUCGUCUCACGGUUCUCAUAUCCGGUAGUGGAUCGAAUUUACAAGCAGUAAUCGAUAAGACCAACGCGGGGCAGCUGCCCACCAAGAUCGUCCGAGUCAUUUCGAAUCGCAAAGACGCAUUUGGACUUGAACGGGCGAAACGAGCCGACAUUCCAAUUGCCUACCACAAUCUCGUCAAGUACAAGAAGCAACACCCAGCCACUCCGGAAGGCGUCCAGGUAGCGCGGGAGGAAUACGAUGCGGAACUGGCGAGGCUGGUCCUCCAGGAUGCUCCGGAUCUAGUCGUUUGUCUGGGAUUCAUGCAUGUGUUGUCGCCCAACUUUCUGGGGCCGCUUGAGGAAGUGAAAUUGAAAAUUAUUAACUUGCAUCCGGCUUUACCGGGGGCGUUUAAUGGAACUCAUGCGAUUGAACGUGCCCAUGCCGCAUGGCUCGAGGGCAAGAUCGAUAAGACUGGAGUGAUGAUCCACAAUGUCAUUUCGGAGGUUGACAUGGGCAAGCCAAUUCUGGUCCGAGAGAUCCCAUUCGUCAAGGGUGCUGAUGAAGACCUCGACAUGUUCGAGACGAAGGUGCAUGAGAUUGAAUGGGGAACAGUUGUUGAGGGAAUCCAGCUUGCCAUUGAGGAGCUGAAGGGUGGGAAACAAUGA